AUGGCAAAUAGGAAUCAAGAGAAGUAUCCGGCCGAAAAUGACUUCCCGAAUUUGGAUAAAACCACUGCGAUGCUAAAAGAUUGCAUGCCUCUUGAUGUGUAUGCAAAGCUCCGUGACGUGUACACGCCUAGUGGCUUUACAUUGGAUCGUGCUAUCCAAUCAUGUGUGGAUCUCCCAACAACUGAAAAAAUUGGUAUUGUUGCUGGUGAUGAAGAGUCGUAUGCAGUGUUUGCUGAGGUAUUUGAUAACAUAAUUGAAAAGCGUCAUGGCAUUAAACUAUCUGAGUGUAUUAAUAAGACAGACCUUGAUCCUAAAAAGAUAACAGGUUGUGUUUUGGACGAAAAAUAUGUUAUUAGUUCAAGAGUACGCACAAGCCGAAAUCUGCGCGGAUACUGUCUUUCCCCAUUCUGUUGUAGAUCUGAGCGAAGAGAAGUGGAACGGAUACUAUCAGACGCAUUGACCACAAUCUCGAAUGGCGAGUACCAUCCACUGGUAACCAUGGAUGAAUGCCUCCGUCAAACGUUGGUGAAUGAUCAUUAUCUGUUCAGGACGCCUACAACAGGUUUCCAAUUGUCAGCCGGAUGUGCUAGAGACUGGCCUGAUGCUCGAGGCAUUUGGUAAUGAUUAUUUUUUA